AUGCGUUUUCUGACCURGUUAGGUUCCUUUUUCUUCUAUAUGUGUCAUGAUGCAGGUGAUUCAAGGAGGAGGGUUCUUGCUGCUGAUUCGAAGUGCAUUGAGAAUGCUAUAAGAUGUGGAGGGUUAGCCCCAACAAAGGCUUCUUAUAUAAAGAAUAUGUUGAGUUGCCUGUUUGAGAAGAGAGGGGAGUUAUGCUUGGAGUACCUGCGGGACUUGUCAAUUGAUGAAAUAAAGAUGGAACUCUCUCGAUUCAAGGGGAUCGGGCCUAAAACGGUGGCAUGUGUAUUGAUGUUCAAUCUUCAGCAAGAUGAUUUCCCAGUAGAUACACAUAUUUUUCAGAUUGCAAAGGCAAUUGGUUGGGUGCCCAUAGAGGCAGACACUAAGAGGACAUAUCUUCAUCUCAACACAAGGAUACCAAAUUUUGAGAAGAUGUAAUGAAGUAAGAUCUCUCCGCAUUUGAUUUUCAGAUUUUCAUCCGUCUGCUUGUAUGUCCAUUAAACAUGUUAUAUCGUCCAACUCGCUAUUGCUUCCUUAGAGUCAUAUGCAACAUAGUCCGCUCUCCUUCAUAUGCAUAAGAGCUCAUUUUAUUAUAGAGAUUUAGCUAAAAGUAACUAUUGCAAUUUAAUUAAGAGUAAAUGAAUAUAUGGCUACAUUUGAGUUCAUGACUGUUGAGCAAUAYAAGGCUAGAAAUAUAGCCCAUCCAGUGAAUUUCUCUUGCUUUUUAAACAAACUUACUCAGACCCCCCAGCAUUUCUUUACAUCUUUUGGGGACUCCCCCAACACAAAUCAGUUGGAAAA